AUGUCGGACGACGAGGAUGCGUUAGUCAUCGCGGCGGAUGGCGACCUCAUCCUCGAUGUCGCCCAGGAAGAGGGCGGACAGCGCUUCUCGUAUCGCGUAGACUCCAAGACCCUGCAGCAGAACUCGCGGUACUUUGAGAAUCUGCUGAGUGACCGCUUCAACGAAGGGCAGCGGCUGACGGCCGCUUUGGAAGCACUUGCCUUGAGUAGCUAUAGCAAGAUUGCAGAUGCGCCUGCCCACGUGCUUCCUCACAUAGCCAUCGUCAACGUCGGUCGUGUAGCCGUUGCCAAAGCCUCUUCGAUCCGCAACCUGGUUGCAGACUUCCUCCGCGCCAUCCAUGGCCUCGAUCUUGCCGUCACGAACCCGCCCAUAGCCAACCUCGCCAAUCUCGCCGUCGUAGCCGACCGAUUCGAUGCUGUUGCGGGCUUGUCGAAGCACAUACAAAGGAAAAAAUACCUGCAGCUCAUCGAUGCCAAGUCGAGAGGCAAGCCAGCCCCAGCGCAAACGGAAGAAAGGAUACGGCAGAAACUCUUCGUCGGUCUCCUCUUCGAUCAUCCAUCGUGGGUAACGCGGUACUCGAAGCAUCUGAUCAUACGCGACUCGGUCCAGUGGCGACCGGGGACAGAGGAGGAUCACACAAAAGCCUUGUGGUGGGACAUACCAAACGGCGUCGAAGACGAGCUGAUACAGAGACGAGAGUACAUACUGGAGACCAUCAACUCUGUACAGGCUCACUUCCUCAAGCUGUACACGUCUGGCGAACGCCAAUGCAAGCUCUGGUACGAUACAUCGCUACAAUGCGACUCGUUUCAGCUAGGAGAGAUGGUUCGCUUCUUCUCCAAGAUCGAUACUGUACGGUUGCAAGGCAAAAUCUACGAUAAUACAGAGCCGACGUACUACCUUGGAGACAUCGAUCGACUUCUGUCAUCACUUCGCCAGUGUUCCAAUUACCAGGUCGAUAGCAAUCACGGACAUUGCGGACUGCGCGGACGCAUACUCCCACUUCUUGACCUUAUACAAAAUCAGCUCAGCCUCGAUACAGGUAGUCUCGACAUUGGAAUCUGCGCGGAAUGUUGGAACAACCACCGCAGUGAGUAUGCCUGGCAGCUAGCCAAGCGACCGGUCAUGUGGGCUCACCCAAAGUCUUUAACGGGUAAUCGGGCGCUUACUACUGCCGUCGCGCGUAAGAGUCAUCAGAGGACACCAAGUAGCUGUCUCAGCAGGCAUGUGGCGGUCAGAGAUCUUUUCAUGGCUGUGGAGCGUGACUGGACAGCGAGGGACGUGUAUUAA